CACACAGAAACAGUAAACGGUCGCUCAACACACACACACGGCGGACGGAAAGCGCAUCCGAGUGGAAAAGCGAAACAUCUGCCAACCUAAAAUAGCACACAAAUUUAGCCUGUGCCAUUUUCCUGGGUGAUUGUUAAUUCUUCUGCUGGAGGGUGUAUUUCUCUCGGGGAGCAUGGAGUACAUUCGAUCAAUUCCAACUCACAUGGACUACAAGGGACAGAAACUGGCUGAGCAGCUGUUUCAGGGAAUCAUCCUUCUGUUUGCUGUUGUUGGGUUCGUCUGGGGCUAUGUAUGUGAACAGUUUGUGCAGACCAUCUAUAUCCUAGGUGCUGGUUUUAUUCUGUCUUGCAUUCUGACAUUACCACCAUGGUCGAUAUACCGAAGGAGCCCAGUCCAAUGGCAGAAACCUCGUGUGGAUUCAGAGUUAGAAUCAAAAGAAGUCAUUCCAACGAAAGAAAAGAAAUCAUCAAGAAGAAAGGAAAAAACCAAAUGAGCAAUGUGAAAUAGUUACGCCUUUGCCAAUGUUGCUACAUAAACUAUUCAAGUAUUAUACUUUAAAACCAUCAACAGUGUCACAGUUUUUACAAGGUGGUAAUAGCAGCACUUAAAGGCAGUGGACAAUAUUGGUAAUUGUCAAAGACUAGCCUUCAUAGUUAGUGUAUCUCAACAUAUGCA